AUGGGCCCCACCGGCCCCUCGCCGGUCAGGGCCCCCCGCGGCUCGGUCUCCGACUACGUCAACUACGACCUCAUCGUGCGGCAUUACAACUACACCGGCAAGCUGAACCUGGGCACCGACAAGGAGCACGGCCUGCGCCUGACGUCGGUGGUGUUCAUCCUCAUCUGCUGCGGCAUCAUCCUGGAGAACGUCUUCGUCCUGCUGACCAUCUGGAGGACCAAGAAGUUCCACCGGCCCAUGUACUACUUCAUCGGCAACCUGGCCCUGUCGGACCUGCUGGCGGGCGUGGCCUACACCGCCAACCUGCUCCUGUCCGGGGCCACCACCUACAAGCUGACCCCGGCGCAGUGGUUCCUGCGCGAGGGCAGCAUGUUCGUGGCGCUGUCGGCCUCCGUGUUCAGCCUCCUGGCCAUCGCCAUCGAGCGCUACAUCACCAUGCUGAAGAUGAAGCUGCACAACGGCAGCAACAGCUCCCGCUCGUUCCUGCUCAUCAGCGGCUGCUGGGUGGUGUCGCUGGCGCUGGGCGGCCUGCCCAUCAUGGGCUGGAACUGCCUGGGCGCGCUGGCCGGCUGCUCCACGGUGCUGCCGCUCUACCACAAGCACUAUAUCCUCUUCUGCACCACCGUGUUCACGCUGCUCCUGCUGGCCAUCGUGGUGCUCUACUGCCGCAUCUACGCGCUGGUGCGGACGCGCAGCCGCCGCCUGACGUUCCGCAAGAGCGCGUCCAAGGCCAGCCGCAGCUCCGAGAAGUCGCUGGCCCUGCUCAAGACCGUCAUCAUCGUGCUGAGCGCCUUCAUCGCCUGCUGGGCGCCGCUGUUCAUCCUCCUCCUGCUGGACGUGGGCUGCAAGGUCAAGAGCUGCGACAUCCUCUUCCGCGCCGAGUACUUCCUGGUGCUGGCGGUGCUCAACUCGGGCACCAACCCGGUCAUCUACACCCUGACCAACAAGGAGAUGCGCCGCGCCUUCGUGCGCCUGCUGUCCUGCUGCCGCUGCCCGGGCGCGGACCCCGCGGCCAAGUUCAAGCGCCCCAUCGUGGCGGGCGUGGAGUUCAGCCGCAGCAAGUCGGACAACUCCUCCCACCCGCAGAAGGACGACGGGGACGGCCCGGAGACCGUGGUGUCGUCGGGGAACGUCAACUCUUCCUCCUAA